AUGGAAUCGUCACUCGCGUCCCAGGCUGGCCUGUUCACCGGCGAGCCCGGCGGGCCCAGCCUCAUGCACUUGCGCCAGAAUUAUCAGGCGCUGAUGACGGAAGUGAAGCUUAAGCCCAAUUCGGACCGCCUGACACAGAAUGAUUACUUCCACCUGCUCGUAAAGAUGACGGCAGGCGGUGCCCGUGAUCAGGCAGGCGCCCUAGAGCGCCGCCUUAUAACCGACCUAGAAGAGCGCAACGCUGCAGCGCUCCGCAACUACGAGCGUGACCUAGCCGACUAUGAGCGGCAGAAAGUUGUAUGGGAUGCUACGCCGGCAGCUUCGCGCCAGGCAAAUAAUGAACCUAAGCGGCCAGAUAGGCCUGCAGCGCUCACCGAAUAUACCGACCCGGUGAAUGCGUUCUCGAAGCACAUGGAGGAGCUGUACCCUGAGCGGUCAAGCUCUCGUCUCGAUGAGUUCACUCACUUCGCGGCCAAGCCCGGCGAGACGGUCGCGAGCCUCUCGCAGCGCAUGCAGACCCUCAAGGGCCUGCUAAACCAGCCCGAGCACAUGGCUGUGUUCCGGCUGCUCGGCGCAUAUCCGCGCAACCUGCAAAGCAAAGUCAAGCGCCAGCUUAUAGCCUCUGGCCUCGACGUUGAUAAGUGGACCGUACAGAAGAUUUGCUUAAGGGGUUCGAGGAGCUGCCCCCAAGCGACGAAAAGUAUCAGGGGCACAUCAUCCAGCCGAGCGCGCCUAGCCCGGCCCCAGCUCUGCCUUUUGAGGCGACUGCAGAAGAUACUUGCCGACUCGACUGCGCCGAGCGGUCCCCCGACUUCGGCUGGUGCCUUGACAGAGGCGCCGGCAGACAACGACAUUUAUAAUCCGGCUAACCCUAGACUCGCUGCUCUGCUCAGCAGCCUGCCGGGUUCAUAUUACAGCGAUCGAUCGCAGGGCACCUACCGGUUCCCGCGCAUCGAUAACACCGGCCCGCGCCCUGCGAUGCUUAUCAACGUGCAGGUUCUGCAUAACCUGGUCCUUGACUGCGGCGCCGACGUCGUUUUGGUUGGCCCGCGCACUGCGGCCAAACUGAAGCUGACCACGGACAAAGUCAGAAAGAACGCCAUCGAGAUACGCGUUGCCAGCGGUGAGACGGUUCAUAUGGACGAGACCAUCAAGCCAGUGGACUUCGUCCUGAACCCCGGGACGCCCCACGAAACCACCAUGUGGGCCAAGAUCAUCAUUGUCCGUGGCGACUUGCCCGACACCCUGAUCGGGAUGAGCGUCAUGGGCCCUCCUGGCAUUCGGCCUGACUACUACAAACAUGUCGUGACGUACUAUGUCAACUGUGCCAGCACCAGCACAGGCGCGGCCAGAACUCCUGGGCUUGCGCCUGGUGCUCCGAUUUCGUACAACAAGCUGCUCCAGAUUCCGUCACCCAACUUGGAGAAGCCGUUCGAACUCGAGAACGCGCGCUUUCGGAUGUGGCACUAUGAGAAGCACCUGAUGCCCGAGAUGACGGAUCUGUACGAGCGCAGCAAGGAACGGCUGGCCGAUCCGCCGCCGAACCAGCGGCCUGUCACAGUGGAGGCGUACCAGCAUUUGCGCCCCCUGGACACGAGCAUGCUGGACCUGCGUGGGCCCCUGGCCAAGAGUGACGGCCCGGGCCUAGUUGUUCUGGAGCUCUUCUCCGGUAUCAUGGCCGGCACAGAGGCACUUGUGCGCGACGGAAUUAAGAUCCAGCACGUCUAUGCAUGCGAGAACGAGGCCAAGACACGCGCAGUCGCAGAAGAGCGCUUGAAAGUGCUGUCUGCGAUUCGGCCUGAGCAGCUGAGCGUUGAAGCGUUCGCCGAUUGCCACGCCUUCCUGCCACAGGAUGUUAGGAAGAUUACGCGCCAGCACAUUGAGGACAUGAAAAAGCCGGACCUGGUGAUUGUCGGCUUCCCCUGCCAGGGGUUUUCGCGCGCAUCUGACGCGCCCAAGGGGCUCAGAGACCCCCGCACGCAGCUUUUCGAAGAGGCUCUGCGUGUGAUCCACUUGAUCUGGCGCAUCCACGGCCCGUGUGGGUACCUUUUCAAAAACGUGGACGCAGCCGACCAUCCCAACCGGGACGUUCGGCGCGAAUACACCGAGGUCGUUCAGGCCGUCCUCGGCAAGGGCUUCGUUUUUGACGCGGUCACCAUGGGCUCCUACGCCCACCGUAACCGGCGCUGGUGGACCAACCUGGUUCCAGGACACCUGGUUGAGGAGAUGGCCGACAAGAAGUUCAAGCGUCGGCCCCCAGGUCAGCGCGUGCAGGACAUCCUCGAGCCUGGACACACCGCCAAAGUGGCUCGGCACGCGCAGGCUUCUGGCUCAGUGACGGUAAACGUCCCAGGGCAGACCAUCAAGGCUUUUGCCACCUUCGUCUCCCUGGCCAACUCGCACGCCUAUCGAGUGGGGCAGCAGAGCAUGGUACUCGAUUGGGCAAACCGCGAGCAGAAGCCGACCGCCCUAGAGCGCGAGCGCGCCAUGGGUUUCAUGGAGAACACAACGGCGGCGCCCACCGAUCGGAUCAAGGAAGCCGAUC